AUGAUCCAAGUUACAUUUCAACCAGUGUGGGUGGCACUGGGAGCAGGUGGGUCAAGUGUCUUGCCCAAGGCCAGCGCGGGCAUCGGCCUGGGCAUCGGCCUGCUGUGCGGCCUGGUGACCAUGCUGGUGCGCAGCGUGGGCCUCUUCAUGACGGGCCUCCUGCUGGGGCUCCUGCUGGCUAUGGCCACUCUGCUGCUCACCCAGCAGUUCUACACGCCCGUCACCUUGUGGGUGCCCCUGGGGGCCCUGCUGGGAUCGGGCAUGCUGUUCGCCGUGCUGACCCUGCAGUGGCAGAAGCUCUUCACGGUCGUCUCCACGGCGGUGUUCGGCGCCGCCAUCAUGACAGUUUGCGCCGACUACUUCGUGGAGAUGCUGGCGUUGGCCACGCACGCGUACGAGUGCCUGCGCCUGACUCCUGGGCCGCCUCUCUGCUGGUACAGCUGGGUCAUCCUGGGCAUCUGGCCCGCCCUCAGCCUGGUGGGGGUCCUGGUGCAGUGGAAACUGACGCAAGACAGCUUCUCCCACACGGAGGUUGUGUUGAGUCGGCGCCAGAAGAGAGUGCAGCUGAUGCGCAUUCGCCAGAAGGACGGCAAGAAGCGCCAGCAGGCAGGUGGGCAGGAAGGCACGUACCGCCGUAAAGCCACCCCACUCAAACGUUACGCUGGGGACCUUCUGGCACCGGUCAGUGUCGCCCAACAUGGCGUGUGCUGUGGUUUCUCUCUUUUCUUACUCCUCACCUUCUGGACUCUCGGAAUUCAAAGUCUCCUUUUUAGAAGAAUCAGUCAACUUUGGGCCAUCAUGGUCUGGAAUUUAGGCUUGUAA